CUCGCGUGGGCACGUCUGCGACCCGUAGCCAUGCGCGGUUUGGAGGAGCCGGGGCCGCGGCCCACAGCGACCCCGUGCGGGUGUCCGAAGCCGGCCCUGGAGACAGGGAAUAUUUUAACUGAGCCGAUAGGCUAUUUGGAAUCCUGUUUCUCAGCCAAGAAUGGUACUCCAAGACAGCCAUCUGUUUGCAGGCAUUCACGGGCCUGUUUGAAGAUUAGAAAGAACAUCUUUAAUAAUCCUGAACAUUCCUUGAUGGGCCUAGAGCAGUUUUCUCAUGUUUGGAUUUUGUUUGUUUUUCACAAAAAUGGUCAUUUAAGCACUAAGGCAAAGGUGCAGCCCCCUAGGCUAAAUGGGGCAAAGACUGGAGUGUUUUCCACGAGGAGCCCUCAUCGUCCCAAUGCAAUAGGACUGACCCUGGCCAAGCUAGAGAAGGUGGAAGGUGGCGCUGUUUACCUGUCUGGAAUUGACAUGAUACAUGGCACACCAGUGCUGGACAUUAAACCCUACAUAGCUGACUAUGACUCGCCACAAAACUUCGUGGAGCCUUUACAGCAUAACCAACCUAAACCAAGGGCUGUGUCCCAGUCUGAAGGCAAGACUGAUGGCUGUGACCAGCAACUGUCAGAGUGUGAGGAGCCACAGCCCUGCCAUAGCACUGAGGAGAAACCUAAAUGCCUUGAAGAUAGAGCUUCAGAAGACAACUGCCCGAGUCCCAGGGACACCACAGAAACCCAGCGAGCCGUGCCUGAGCCCAGAGUGAGUGCAGCAGAUCUGGGGCUGGAAUCAAGAAGAGGUCACGGUGUAGGUGUGGUGCAGGAGCAGCAUGGCACACGGGAUCCGGAAGAAGGGACACAGAGGAGGCCCAGGAGAGGGCAAGGCCUGGCCCUCCUGCAGAGCAGCAGUGUGGAGCCGCAGUGGGCUCCUCUCCACCCUGCCCGCCCAGCGGAGAGAACUCCCUGCAGUGUGGUGCCCGCCUGGGUGAAAGAGGCCCCUGUGGUGCGCCUACACGUCCGGUUCACUCCUCAUGCAGAGGUGGACCUGGAACUUCUCAGUUCAGGAGGUGUUGGUGGUCAGACAUCCUUUAACUAUUUUCAGUCAGCUGAGGAAGCCAAGUGUGCCAUUGAGGCUGUGCUGUCUGCCGACCCUCGGUCUGUAUACCGCCGGAAGCUCUGCCAGGACCGCCUUUUCUACUUUACUGUAGACCUGGCGCAUGUCACUUGCUGGUUUGGUGAUGGCUUUGCAGAGGUUCUAAGGAUCAAGCUCGCCUCUGAGCCAUUUAGGUGACUUACCUGAGGAGUCCUUGUGUGCAUGGAAUCUUCAGGAGCCUCCGUCUUGUCUGUGAGAGAGCCUCCCUGACGUCUGGAUGCAGCUGCUUUCUUCAAGUAUAUGCUUGCACUGCUUUGAUUGGUGCUGGUCACAAUAUUUAUUUGAAGAAAAAAGUAUUUUAAUAAACUGAACUAAGAGAUAUAAAAUAGAGAGUAAUCACUGUGUGCUUUUUGCCCUGCUAAUAAUAAUACAAGUGAAGCUGUCUCAGGGAUCACCCAAAGAAACUGUUUUUGGUCCUGGAUCAGUCUAGCCUUAGAGCCUCUGGCAGGGACCUUCGAGUUACAGUUCUCUGCUCAGCAGCUCAUACUGUUCUUCUCUUUGGAAGAGCUUGGACCCUUUCUUUUAUUGCAGGUCAAACUGAGUUAUGUUAUCUUAGGGACUUAACCAAAAAUAAAGUUAUAUAGAGGUUUUAGGGAUUAAAUUUCAGAGAAUUGAGACAUACAUCUGUACAAAUACGAAUUUGAUUUUGAUUCCAAGGUAAAAAAAAAAAGCUAAGAUUUCUUUGCACAUCUUUAAAUCAGAAAAGAAAAUCAAUCACUGCCAACAUCUCAAGAAAAUCAUUGCUGGUAUGUUUUGUAUUUACCCUGUGACUCUUGUAUUUCAUUUUAAAUUAUUUAUUUGUAUUUAUCUGUAUUUAUGUAGAGAGAGAGAGAAAAAAUGGGCACACCACCUUGUGCAUAUGGCUUACCUGGGUCUUGGAGAAUCGAACCUGGGUCCUUUGGCUUUGCAGGCAAGUGCCUUAACCACUAAGCCAUCUUUCUAGCCCAUACUCUGUGACUCUAUUGAGAUAUAGUAUGGUUAUGUUUUGGUGAUUAACAUGAGAUAAACAGAGUUGCAGUUCUUUUGUUUAUUUGAGAGAGCGAGAAAGAAAAAAGAGAGAGAAUGGUACACUAGGACUCUUGCCCCUGCAGUUGAACUCCAGACACAUGUCACCAUUUUAUGCAUCUGGAUUUACAUGGGUACUGGGGAACUGAACCCAGGCAAUCAAGGUUUUCAAGCAAGUGCCUUUAACUGCUGAGCCAUCUCCCCAACCCAGGGAUGUACUUUUUUGGGGAACAUUUUGUAGCCCAGGCUGACCUUACUUAAUUAAACUAAUUGAAAUCCUACUACCUCAGCCUUUUGCGUGCUGGGAUUCCAGGCCUGGGCCAACAUACCUGGCUCAAGAUACAUGUGUAUUGCAAGUCAUGGGUUGUGGAGGAAGUAAUACAGAAGCAAAUUAGUAUAGUACAGGUUGAUCAACUAAUUAACACUGCACAGUACUUGUACCACGUAGGAAGCAGCUAUAGGAAUGUGUAGCCUAUAGGUAAUUUUAAUGAGAUGAUCUGAGAUAACUGAAGAUUUAUGAUCAGCAUAAGCAAAUUAGACACCCAUCAACAUGACACAUACUUUACUAAUCACAGUUGUAGAUCUUAAAGCUGAUUGAUCAUGGUUUGGAAGGGAACCCACAGCCUGUGGAUGCUUGUGCAGUCCUUUGUGGCUGAUGGCAUUGCAUUUCCAAGCCAAACUGGUUUGGAGUUGUUGUCUUUCAUGUUACUUAGAAUGUCUUGGGAAAGUAUCUUAACUUUGAUUUUUCUAAAGCUUUGUGUUUUGAAGUAAAGAUUUGUAGAAGUUGCAAAAAUAA